CGCGGCGGGAGGUGACAAAUUUUUUUUUUUGCCGUACCAGAAAUGCAUCUUGCAGAUUCGGAUACGGGUGGUAACAUGCGGGAAGCAGACGGAAGAAAUACUGGAGCAGCUAGAGGUUCAAGAAUGAUUUCUCCGGAACAAAAUUCCUCUUCAUCGACUUCUGAAUCGUCAGCUCCGGCCAUCAUCGGAACAACCACAGACUACUCGCCGAACCCAAAGCCACCGCUAGCACUCGAAAAGGAUACGAACAGCACAGCCAGCAGCUACAUUCCAGCAUUCACAGUUACUGUACUCGAGAAUUCCCAGCCCUCUCAGCUGACUUCGAUUUGCCCAUCUGUUGGCCCCGUAGAAUCAACCGUGACUGCAACCGUUCAUCAAGCUUCGCUACCGGCUGCGGCCAUCAUUAUUGGAAGGCAAGUUUCCGGUAGUUCUACCGAAGGCAACAUGCCAUACAGUGGCAACGGGGGAUCCGGUUUCCGUAGCUCCUUUAAUGGACGCGUUCCAUUCGCUCGUAUGCUUUCCAGCAACCCUAGCAGUGAUCGGCGCUCCGGGAAUGCCGGUGCUGAAAUCUAUCCUAUUUCGGCAUCUUCGUCGAUUGCCAGCUAGUGGAUCCAAAAUAAUCCAACUGAAGAAGAAGGUUUUGGUGCAGCUCGCGCUUCGGUGAUUUUAACUACCAUCACCAUCAUCAUCAAUUCCAGAAUCACCAGCCACGGUUCUCGAAUAAUCAUGGUUAUGAUGGUAAUUUUAUGGAGGUGAUGGAGGUUUAAGUUUGUUUACAUAUUAAAAUGAUAAAUUUAUUUUAAGAAAUACAAUGUUCCUACUCUUGCUAGCUUUUAUUUCGGAACCAAAAUUAAAGGUUCUGAGCCUAGUAAAAACCUAUAAAACUUCCGAAAUCUAACUUUUUUUAAUUGUAUACAUGAAAUAAAUCAUAUAAAAUAAACUUUUAAUUCUAUAAUACACAAUAAUUGAAUCGACUACAAAUAUAAUUGAAUCAACUGUUUUUGUAUAAUUAAAUUUACUAUAUAUAUAAUUGAAUCAAUCAUACAAUCAAAGUUGAAUCUAUCAUAUUAAUGGUAGAAUGAAGAAAUUCAAUCAUACAUAUGUAGUAGAAUCUAUUAUAUUUAUAGUUGAGUGCGCAAAAUCAAUCAUAUCGGUAUAAUUGAAUCUAUUAUAUGCAUUGUUGGACACAAAAAAACAAUCCGAAAAUCAAUUGUAUAUAUAAUUGAAAGUUUGAUAUUUAUAGUUAGCCGAGAAUUAAUCAGAAAUAUGAUUGAAUAAAAG